GUCGACGUCAUCGUCGGGCGACAUAUUUGAUUUCCGACAUUUUGACAUUUUGUCCCGGUCAUCAUUGGAUUUUUGGCUACUUUUAUUAUUGAAUAUUGAUCUCUAAUCACCAUGGAUGAAGAAUACGAUGUAAUUGUUUUAGGAACCGGACUCAAAGAGUGCAUUCUGAGCGGUAUGCUCUCUGUGUCAGGGAAGAAAGUCCUGCACAUUGAUCGUAACAAGUAUUACGGCGGUGAAUCUGCGUCAAUUACCCCGUUAGAGGAACUGUUCGCGAAGUUCAACGCACCAGCACCUGAUGAAACGUACGGUCGCGGCCGCGACUGGAAUGUGGACCUCAUCCCCAAGUUUCUUAUGGCCAACGGCCUGCUCGUCAAACUGCUCAUCCAUACGGGCGUCACCAGGUACUUGGAGUUCAAGUCUAUCGAAGGCAGCUAUGUUUACAAGGGAGGUAAAAUUUCAAAAGUUCCCGUAGACCAAAAGGAGGCUCUGGCAUCCGAUCUGAUGGGUAUGUUCGAGAAGAGACGUUUUCGCAAUUUCCUUAUAUACGUUCAGGAUUUCCAGGAGGACGACGUCAAGACCUGGAAAGAUUUCGACCCGAGCACUGCCAACACGCAAUCGCUUUACCAAAAGUUUGGCCUAGAGAAGAGCACCCAAGAUUUUACUGGCCACGCAUUGGCUCUUUACUUGGAUGAUAAUUACCUGCAGCAACCCGCUAUACAAACCAUACGGCGUAUCAAGCUGUACUCGGAUUCCCUAGCUCGUUACGGAAAAUCGCCAUACUUGUAUCCCAUGUAUGGUUUAGGUGAGCUACCCCAAGGGUUUGCUCGUCUUUCUGCUAUAUACGGUGGGACCUACAUGUUGGACAAGCCCGUCGACGAGAUUGUUCUCGGUGAGGGUGGUAAAGUUGUAGGAGUUCGUUCUGGGAAUGAGAUCGCCAAGUGCAAGCAAGUGUACUGUGACCCCAGCUACGUACCCGACAGGGUAAGGAAGAAGGGGCAAGUUAUUCGUUGCAUUUGCUUGUUGGAUCAUCCCAUUAGUAACACUAAAGAUGCUCUUUCUACUCAGAUUAUAAUCCCCCAGAAGCAGGUAGGCCGCAACUCGGACAUUUAUGUAUCUUUGGUAUCUUACACACACCAAGUGGCAGCCAAGGGUUGGUUCGUUGCGAUGGUGUCCACGACAGUGGAAACUAAUGACCCCGAGAAUGAGAUAAAGCCCGGCUUGGACCUGUUGGAACCUAUCAGACAGAAGUUUGUGUCUGUUUCUGAUUACUACGAGCCUAUUGAUGAUGGAAGCCAAAGCCAAAUAUUCGUUUCCGAGUCGUAUGACGCUACCACGCAUUUUGAAACAACCUGCUUAGAUGUCCUCAAGAUCUACAAGUGGGGUACCGGGGAGGACUUUGACUUUUCCAAGGUUAAGGUGGAGCUCGGUGAGGAAGAAUAAACUUGUUAAAAAUAUUCCAUAUCGCUUGUUACUGCAAUGAUUUGGUUUACUGGCUGGAUUAUUCUUAUUAUUUAAGAGUAUUUGGUAAAUUUUUAUAUACCGAGCUUUUAUGUAACAAUAUAGAAAAUUAAGAAAAUACUCUUAAAAGGUUUAAAUUUUUUAAUAUUAUUUUAAAUUAUAUGCAAAGGAAUUAUAUUGUUAGAAAAUUGGUUUUCUACAUGCUUAUAUUAUAUCUUUACAUAUAAGGGGACUGCACAAUGAAUGUGGUAGUUUGUGCAUAGAAGCAUUCCAAUGUGGAUCAUGAUUUCAUUCUGUAUAACCAUAUCAUAUUACGUAAAGUCAACUGCAUGGAUGCUCAUUCUACAUGUAAAUGUUGUGGAGAUCAAAAUAAAAUUAUCUUCUAACAUU